AUGCCGCCAUCAAGCGGGCACUUGUUGCUCCCCAAGCUUUGGAGGGCAGCGAGGUUUGCCUACGAGAAGACGGCCAAGGCUAUUAAAGCCAAAUUUCCAGACCCUUCUCAGCAGCUACCUGCACGCCUUCAACCAGCAUAUGCACAUGUCACUUCUCGUCAACCCAUAAAUCGAGCCGCCGCUAUCCGACAGGCCCGCAGCCGCCAGUUCUCUACACGCGCCGGUGGCUAUAUCGGCUCAUACGUACGUCAAGCUUCUCGUUCCUCGGCCGCCCAAAGCUCUCGCAUCGGUCAAAUUGUCGGCCGAAUCACGACACACUCCCCUUUUACGUCGACGCUCCGUCCAAACUUGACUGGCGGCACUCUUGGCCGCACCGCAGGUGGAUAUUCCAUCGGCGCGGGACGACUUGGCGGUGCAAGAUACUUCUCACAUGGCCCAGCUGCUCCUGCACAGGUCAUUAGCAAUGUUUCUGUCGCGAUGCGAGGCUUCUGGCUUUCAGGCCAAAAAGCCCGGUUUGACGGAAUUGAUCCUAGUACCGGCGAAAAGCGCUUCAGGACCGUGACCGCCCUCCAAGAUAAAGCACAGCGCCAGAUGUCAGAAGUGCCUCGCAAUGCUCCAGGUUCCUACAUCGACUUCCAGCUUUCUCCAACAAUUACUGCUUUUGGCAGCAAAGCCCAGAGUCUUAACUCCGAAAGCUUAAUGGAGAUGCUCUCCGUCGACUUCGCACGGGCUUUGAAAGAUUUCGCUGCAGUCCUGAACGAUCUCAAGCGUCUUGGAGCUCUAGGCGAUCUUCCUGUGUCACUUGAGAACAAGUCAACGAUUCGUGUGCGCUUUCCUGGCUGUGAUUCUGAACAAGUAGAGCGGCUUUGCGACGAAGUUGGUGUCGAGCGAGGGCGUAUCUUCCAGGAUGAAGACUUCGAGUUACGCAAUGGUACAGAGCUCGCUCUGUUAUAUCCAUUUGCUCCUAGCAUGGCUCCUUCACCUGUCGACGAACUCUUCACGAUCCACGAAAAUCCUCACUUUUGCACUGAAGAUCAGCUAGAUUGGCGACUUAUGAUGUCAGGCCAGGACUCACCAUUGGACUCCAGUGAUGCCAACCGCCUCAGUUUUGAGGAUGUUGAAAUGUUUGGAAAUAACCCAUGGAUCUCGUCUCCAUCGGGGUAUUCCAGCAUUGGUGUAAGCGAGCUUGGAGAUCGGGUAUUCUUCGCUGAACAGUCUGAUGUUGGCAGCCUACAUCACAAUAAUUCUGAUUACGAAGGAGUGCAAGGAAUCUACAAAUUCCUGGAGCAAUGCGAUAGAGCCGCAGAUCAUUCUCAAUAUUAA